AUGACCCCGUACAGCAAGACAUGCGACUUCGAUCAAUAUUAUGAAUCUGUGUUCUCGAAACUUUCCAAAGCCGCUCGACAUGCACUUCUCGUUAAACCGAAGGAUCCAGAGUAUAUUGGAGAGCAGGGAACUUCAGCUAAAGCUGAGGCCUAUGAAAUUUUCUUGAAACUUUCCAAAACGACCCAAGAUUCACUUCUUGCUCAACUGAAGCGACUAAAAAGUAUCAAACAAGGAGCCAGUGAGAACGACCAAGUAUUAUACAGAAGACAACCACUGGAUUUUCUUGAACAGCAGAAAGCAGUGACUAAAACUGAGGUCGAUGAAAUUUUCUCGAAACUUCCCAAGACUACUCAAGAUGCAUUUCUGGCUCAUAUAAAGCAACUCGAGAAUAUGGAAAAACAAGCCAGUCAGAAAGGAAUUACCCAAACCAAGGCCGAUGAAAUAAAAACACUUGUCAAGAUAUUGCGCAAUAAGCCAGUAGCAUAUUUUCGUCUUGCAAUAGACCGGGUUGAAAAGAACCUUGAGGGAUGGCAGUACAAAGAGCUCGAAGAGAUGCUAUCUACUAGGGAAAAAGAGCUGAAAUACGAGAAGGGACUACUUGGUUCGUUAUUUAUCUCUCGCUUGACCGCUUCACUGUUGACAACUCAUUUGCACGCUGGGUAG